CUCCUUCGAAUGUACAGUGGUGACUGUGUGGAGAAUUUGGAUCAGUCUGCUGCCUCCACGUUAAAGCUAUGCGUUUAUUGUUAGAUUACAUAUAAGUAAAUAAAUAAAUAAAAACGAUUAUUUAUUUCAACAUUUUUGAGUAGGCAGUGCCUCCUCUAAUGAGCCGUUACUGAGCAGACAGUUGAUUUGAACCAUACUUUUUGAGAGCCUUUCAGCUCAUGUAUCAGACAGGUGAUGUAUUGCUGUUUGUCCUGUAGGAAUGAGGUGAAGAUCUCCCAUAGUGACACCAAAGGGGAUCAGUGCACCACUGCGAUGGACUUCUCCAGCACCAGCAGCAAAAAGGCAAGGGCCCACUCAGAGGUGAUUCCACUGUCGCGUGUGGAGGGGUCCUCUUUCUUCGACAGGAAUGAGGUGAAGAUCUCCCAUAGUGACACCAAAGGGGAUCAGUGCACCACUGCGAUGGACUUCUCCAGCACCAGCAGCAAAAAGGCAAGGGCCCACUCAGGUGUGAUUCCACUGUCACGUGUGGAGGGUUCCUUUUUCUUCGACAGGUUGCUCCAUACCAAGAGCACGGCCUAUGACAACAGUGCGAUCAUAUUCUGCAAUCUGACGGAGGUGCCCCCACUGGAAUUACGUGGGCUGUACAACCUGGGUUUCACAUGCUACAUGAAUGCCACUCUGCAAUGCCUGUUCUCUGUGCAGACUUUCUACACAGACCUCCUGAGGCAAAACAGCCUCUUAAGGAGGAUGCCACAGAGUGGGCUACUCAGGUGCUUUACUGCCCUGAUGUCAUCAAAGAACCAGUGUCGGGGUGAAGCAAAAAAACUGCUUCAGCAGAAAGUGAAAGACGCCCUGUCUGCCAGUGCAGUAAUGUUCUCUGGGAACUCGGAGCAAGAUGCCCAUGAGUUCCUCAACCAUUGCCUUGACCAGCUGAAAGAGGAUGGGGAGAAGCUGGUCUUUGCAGGAGAGGUACUCCAGGCCACAAGCCCAGGUAUCUCCCUUUCCAAGUACUCCUGUCCUGUGGUUACCAACAUGGACUUCCAGCUGCAGUACAAGAUGACCUGCACAGGGUGUGGAGACUUCAGUGUAAGGCGAGAGCUCUUUACAAUGUUGUCCAUCAGUGUGCUCCCAGGAUGCUCAAUACAGGACUGCCUGGAUCACUUCUUCAAGGGUUCUUAUCCUCCACCUCAAGAGGUUCAGCUUUGACCCCCUACAGAGAGUCAACAGGAAGCUGGAGGGGCAGG